AUGGAAAGAAAGUGUACUAUGGAGUGCAAUGGAUGUAAUAGGUGUAAUAAGUGUUUAAACGACUCAACAGAGAAAAUAAGUAUAAGUGAUGCAUUUCUACAACAAACGAUUUAUAGCAAGCCUUCUGCUUAUACUAAUAUACUGACUCAAAAUGGCUUAAAUAUUAGUUUAGCUAAUCCCCUAUCUAAUUCACUAAGUAAUUCACUAAGUAAUAAUCUAAACAGUUCACUAAGUAAUUCACUAAGUAAUACUUUAAACAGUCCACUAGGUAAUAAUUUAGGCUUAAAUAAUACUAGCCCCAUAAGUAACGUAAAUGGUAUGAAUAUGAGUGGUGUGAGUAUGAGUAACGUAACUGGGAUGAGUAGUGUGAGUAGUAGUAUGAGUAGUGGUAACGUAACUGGGAUGAAUAACGUAACUGGGAUGAGUAACGUAACUGGUAUGAGUAGUACUAUGAGUAACGUAACUGGGAUGAAUAACGUAAAUACUAACUCAAGUAGUGCUCCUUUUGGACUGCAUACGAACCCAGCACUAGUCAAUCGUUAUAUGCCACGCGGGAGUAGUAGCAGUGUAUUUGGUGGUCAGAAGAGUCCAAUGGGGUCUUUGGGUCCGACUAAUCCCUCCAAUCCAAUGCUCAGCCAAAAGGCAAAUAUGAAUGGUAUGAGUAGUAAUAUGAGUAGUAAUAUGAGUAGUAAUAUGAGUAGUAAUAUGAGUAGUGGUAUGAGUAGUGGUAUAGGGAUGGGUGGUGUGGGUGGCGGUAGUAAUGGCAAUAACAUCAAUCUACGGCCAUCUUUGUAUCGCGAGAGUAUUGGAUUGGGAGGUAUGAGUCGUAUGGGGAUGGGUGGAGUUGGGAUGGGUGGAGUUAGUAUGAAUGGUGUGGGUAUGAAUGGUAUGAGUAUGGGUGGACUGGGCAUGAGUGGAGUUAAAGGUAGUGGUCGAGGUGGACUGUGGGAGAGUAGUGAGCCUUGGAGUUUAGCUCAGAGUCAGUUUGGAGGACCCCGUAGUAUUCCUUAUAAUCCGUUGCAAUCAAAUGUUCAGGAGAUAUCUCCACAUUCACAGUUGAAAUCUACUAAGAUUUUGGCUAGUGCUGUGCUGGGCUUAGUUGAUUUCUCAAUGGACUUAAUUAGUCAGCACUUACGAGUAAAUGAAGUACUGGGCUUGCCUCGAGUGCAAACUACUUACUUGCAACUGGCUAAGGACUUGCUUGGGGCUGUAAUUAGCUGCGGGGGAUUGCAGGCGGUGGAUGAAAAGAAUCUGUGGGGGUACGUGACUAAGGAGUUGGGACACCAGGCUGAGGAUAUGAUGCGGUUGCGAAUGUACUAUAUUUUGGUGUGCUAUGCCUUUGAACAAGUCUUGGCCUUAAGGAAGGCGGGUGAUAGCCAGCGGAUGAUUGUACUAGUUUAUGUUGAUCCAAAGAAGAAGGAUACUUUACCGGAACUAGUCUUGGGUGUCGCCCAGAAGAAGAAAAGUGGGUUGAAGUGUCAGUACGUGCAAGUAAUGGAGACGAGUGGUCCGGCUGAAGUUGUAUCGGCUUUAAACUAUCUUUUUGCUAAUGAGAUCAAAAAUCAGGACGAUUUGAUAUUUUUGAUUGGGAGAUUGAAUGAGUUUUCUUGUGGUAAUCCGGAAGUAAAUGUACUGUUUUGUUGCCGGGAGAUUCUUUUCUUUCGGGAGGAGUUACAGGCAGUGAUGCUUAAGUGGAUUAAGCAGCGGAUACUUGACUUGGCUUCCAAAGAUGCCUUGAAAGAGAAAAUGAUUGUGGAGGCUUAUCAAAAGUAUCUUUUGAACGGGUUUAAAAGUAGGUCGAAUGUAGAUUGGUGUAAGAAUUGUUGUUUUUUGGAUGGAUCUAAUGCUUUGUUAUCUGCUUUGUCUUUUUUGGCCAAAUCUACGGCUAUCUGCUUUUCCAAGGAAUCUUUGUUGAUUUUAGGCUUGAUUUUAAAGGAACUGCCGGUUGAGUCCUUUCAAGUAGCCCAGAAGUACUUUGCUAAGAUUCUGUUGGUCUUAUGGAAUAGUAUGCGGGCUCAGACUGAUCAGGAGUUGGCUUUGGCUUGGCAGGACUUGUUUGCUAGUACGGCCUUGCAAACACUGGCUUUGACUGUGAAAGAGUGGUUAAUGGAGCCUUUACUAACCAAGAAAGAUAUUGCGCGAUUACUAGGGAAUGGCUUAGAAAUUCUGCUGCGGAUUAUCUUACUACCGGGUGGAGCACGUUUUGAGCAGGUAGUUGGUUUGUCUCGUUUAGCUCAGAUUUGGCGGCAUUUGAUUGAGCUGGUUUCGAAUAAGGUAUUUGCUAAUAGUCCGGUGGGCUUGAAAGAAGCGGCUAUUUCUUGUCUUGAUCUCUUAUCGCAAAUACUUUAUAAGGGCUUGCAAGUAACUGAUACUGUAGCUGAUCUGGCAGUCAUUCUGGAGGCUCUUGAUGCAGAAGAAGGACGUUGGCUGGAAAAGGCGCUUGUUUCUGAAGAUAUUCCCAACUCAAUUUUCUCACUUGGCACUCUUCUCUUUAACACACACCACUAG